UAUGGAUUAGGAUUCGAUCUCUUCUCUCUCGCCCCUUAUCUUUUUAUAUAUAGCUUGAAAAAAGAUACACAUUUACAGUAUUGCGAGGUACACAAUCCUAUUGUUUUCUUAAUUUUCAUAACUAAUAUUUUUCGUGAUUGGUCUUAGUAGUAACAAAGAAAUGGAAGCCGAAAAAACUGUUCCUAGUGGUAACCAAAAAAAGGAAGAUAUGCUGGAGGUAAUGGAUGAGGAGGAGGAGCUUGCCCUUAAUUUGUACAGGAAUACCAUGACGGGUAAUUGGGAGAGCAUUGUUGAGAUGUAUAAGCAACACACAUUCGCAGCCAUUUCGGCCAGGAUCAACUCGUCAAGGGACACGGCAUUGCAUGUAGCUGUCUCAAUUGCACCAGAAAACAUUGUUAUAGAACUCAUACGUGUAAUUUCCCACAUUUCGGCGGAGCUCGUUUUACUGAUAAAAAACGAUGAAGGGAAUACCCCUUUGCAUGUGGCCGCAUCAGCGGGGAGAUUGAAGAUAUGCAUCCAGCUUCUUGCUACCAUACUUGGUUGGUUUCCAGAGGUUCAAGAUUUGGAGGAUAAAGAUUUAUUUCGUAACAAAGCUGGUGAGACUCCUCUCUUCUUAGCUGCUUUUCAUGGUUACAAACCAAUCUUCCUUUACCUGCAUAUGGCACUCCUGGAAGCCACCGGCACCGACCUUAAGUCAGUCGAUCCUGGCUAUAGAAGAAACGAUGGCGAGACUGCCCUUCACUGUGCCAUCAAGUGGGAGUAUUUCGAUGUGGCAUAUGAAAUAAUUUUAAAGGAACCUAGUCUUGCUUAUGCUGUGAACGAGGUAGGAAUCACCCCUUUGCAUCUCCUAGCAAGUAAGCCUUCGGUCUUCAAAAGUGGUUCCUACCUCGGAUGGUGGAAGAGCAUCAUUUAGCAUUGUAUAUAUGUUGAAGAGCUGGAGCACGAAACUGUUGAUAAAAGAUUGAUUGAUUCUGCCAUUAAAGAAUUGGAUGAAUCUUCCAUAGACGAUAUUACUCACAAAUUCCCAAAGAAUUACCACAUAUGCAUCCAGUUUUAUCAAGUGCUGCAGACUUUGGCUCCAUUCGUGAUUGGAGGAACAAAUAUUAGGCAUUGCAAAUGCCGAAAUGCUGAUGUGGAGAGUCCCAACCAACCGCGUGUUAUUUGCCAAUCAAAACAAGGAGAUGCAAAUGAAGAGAAUCCCAGUGAAACGGACACUACUGGCCAAUCGACAGAGGAAGAAUUUAAAGCUGGGAGGGAAGUUCAUCGAUUUGUUCGGAGACAUUAUGAAGACUGUUAUAACAUUUUCCGUUUUUUGUACACAAUAUUCAUCAGGAUUAUUCUGGGCUUUGGAUAUGAGGGUAUAAGAAGUAUAAAACGAAAGCAUGUAUAUUCGGUUCAAAUCAUGAAAAUUCUGAUCAAACAUACCUACAACGAUGCUAAUAAGUUUGGCUUAACAAGUGGGGCAAACCCUGAGAAAACACAUGGAAUUCCGGAGGUACCACCAUCACCAACAGACAGUGACAAUACCACAGCCAGAGGUGCCAAAACUGAACCACAAGAUGGAAAUAAGAUAAACGAAACUGCUCAAGAAGAGAAAACGAAGGAAAGAGGAAAGGGGGAAACGACUAAAAUGACAAAGGCAGAGACACCCUUACUUAUUUUACUUCCUGGAAAAGGGGAAACGCCUGAAACAAAAAUGAUAGAGACACCCAUAUUGGUUGCGGCAAGAAAUGGUCUCACAGAAAUGGUCGAGCAAAUACUUCAAAAGUUUCCACCAAUGGCCAUUGAUGACAAGAGAAAAGAAAUGUCUAGAAUGACAAAGACAGAGUCAACCAUAUUGCUUGCAGCAAGAAAUGGUAUCACAGAAAUGGUUGAGCACAUACUCAAAAAGUUUCCAGUGGCCAUCAAUGAACAGAGUGAAGGAAAAAAUAUUGUACUUUUGGCCGCGAAGAACAGGCAAACACAUGUAUUACUGCUACUGCUCGAGCAAGAUUUUGUGAAACGUAAAUUAGUUCAUGAAGGGGAUAAAAAUGACAACAAUGCAUUGCAUCUAGCAGCUGAGAUAGGAAAGCAAAAGCCUUGGCUAAUUCCUGGUGCUGCAUUGCAAAUGCAGUGGGAAAUCAAGUGGUAUGAGUUUGUAAAAGACAACAUGCCUCCACACUUCUGCUAUCAAGUGAAUAAAGAGAACAAAACCCCAGAAGAAAUCUUCAACGAAACACAUGAGAAUUUAGUCAAGCAAGGAGGCGAGUGGCUAAACAAAACCUCUGAAUCCUGCUCAGUUGUGGCUGCUCUCAUUGCAACCGUUGCCUUUGCCUCAUCAACCACUAUCCCGGGCAGCAUCAAUGAAACAAACGGGACACCAAACCUUGAAAGCCACACGAUGCUCACCAUCUUUGCCGUCUUCUCACUCAUUGCUCUUUGCUUCUCCAUCACUGCUUUGUUCUCGUUUCUUGCCAUCCUCACUUCUCGGUAUGAACAAAAAGAUUUUCGUAGAGACUUGCCAAAGAAACUUCUACUUGGCUUAACUUCUCUCCUUGUAUCCAUUACAUCAAUGUUGAUUUCUUUUUGUGCUGGACAUUACUUUAUGCUUAAGAAUAAAUUGAAAGACAAGGCCUUUCCGGUAUAUGCAGUGACAUGUCUGCCGAUAGUAUUCUUUGCCAUACAACAGUUACCGCUCUACGUUGAUAUUGUAUGGACUAUUUUCAAGAAGGUUCCCCGAUCAAGCAAUAAGGCUGUUUCUCUCUAGGGGUUUUUUCUCUACAUUAUAGAAACUUGUUAUUUUUGAAUAUUUGUACUUUUUCUAUCAAUCAAGAUUGA